AACCAACAGAUGACCAUCGCUGCGUGCACCGAGUCCACAUGAACCGUGUCUCCUCUCAAUUUCUCAUCCUCCCUUUCUCUCUCUUUCUCUCUCUCUCGCAAUUUUUCCCCAUCACCACAGCACCACUAGACGACAAGACGCCGUGGCGGCCAUGAUGCAGCUCCGGCACCUCCUUGGUCUCUCCGGCGAGGUCUCUGGCCGCCUCCGCCGCUCCCACUCGACGGCCGCCUCGCGACCCGCGUGGGCCAUGAUGGCCGACAUGGGGUUGGUCCACACGGAGCAAGAACCGCCGGAGCCAAUCACGACCGCGACCUUCUGCCUCGCCUCGCCACCGCGCGUCUCCCAGCUCGUCGUCCCCAUCCGCUUCAUCGUGUCCCUCGCUGUCCCCGUCGACGACGGCAGCAAGGGGGAGGUCAUCUCCCGCGGCACCAUCUGCGCGGCGAACAGCGGCGGCCUCUUCCUCGUCCGCACCGCGCUCGAGCUAGUCCAAGUUCCUGCCCAUGGCGGAAACCCCGUCUUCAUCCCCAGGCCCAAGGAUGACACCUGGCCGCCGCUCCCUGGCCUCAAGUCCGACACCAAAGUCGUCCGCGUCGUCUGCAACCCUCUCACCGGCGGCGAGCUGCUCCCCCUCCCGGAGGAGGACCCUGACACCGGCGACACGGGCGGUACUUGGCGCUUUGUCAAGCCCGGCUUCCUCACCCAAGCCGACCGCGGCGACGGGCCGCCUGAUCGAUACGCGGUGGCGGAGAUCAGAGGCGAGGAUUCCAUCAUGCACCGAUUCCUCUCGGAGACGGGGAGGUGGGACGCGACGCCGGGCUUCUCGUCCGCGAUCCCCGCGGCGCGUCCAGCGAUCACCGCGGACCAUCCGGUGGUGAGCUUCGGAGGCCGGAUGUGGUGGAUCGACCUGGCCUGGGGCGCCGUCUCCGUCGACCCGUUCGCGGCCGAGCCGGACUUCCGCUUCGUCGAGCUGCCGAGCGGCAGCGUGCUGCCCGCCGCCGACGCGAUAAGCUUCGAGAGGCGGCGGCUGCAGGAGGCGCCGCUGAGCAGGUACCGGCGCGUCGGGGUCAGCGAGGGGAGGCUGCGCUACGUCGAGGUGUCCGAGGCGUCGCCGUUCGUGCUCAGCUGCUUCACGCUCGACGACGAAGGCGGCAGCGGCUGGACUCUGGAGCACAGAGUGGCGCUCGGCCGGCUCUGGUCGGAGCCAUUGCAGGAGACACCGCGGAUCGGUGCUCUCGAUCCGCUGAAAGCUAGUGUGGUGUACCUCAUGAUCGGCGAGGAUGGUAGGCACGUUGUCGGGGUGGACUUGGAGAAGGGGGUGAUGAUCGGGAGCUGUCUGCUGGAGCAUCCCAUCGGGCUGACACCCUGCGUGCUCCCGCCAUGGCUUGAAACAAGCCGGAUCCCUUCUACAGGAACCCUUUCGAGCAAGAAGACCAAUGCUGAAAGUAAGAGUUUGGGAGACAUGCUGGUUCGUGUAGAUAGAGGCUGUUAAAAAUGAAGCGUACUUGCUAAUUCAUCUUUUGGUUCCUUGAAAUUUACUGGUAGAGAUCCAGAGAUUCCCUUUGAUGGUAGCAGUUUCUUCAAGUACCUGAACUCUCAUUUUGGGGAUGCUGGGAGAAGUUUGGGUUUUGCUGUGCAUCUGGACUUUGCUGGUGCUACCUGUUGAAUUUUGAGGGUUUUGAUGCGAGAAAUUUGAGUUUGUUGGGCUUUACUGAUGGAACUUUGUGUCCCUCAUUUGACAAAUUAUGGCAAACGUUUUGCAACUUCUCCUUGCUGUAUGUGCUAUGAACCAUGUUUACUUUAUUCAGUGAUAGACUUGGUUCGAUUGACAA